UACGAACACACAGCGAGCCGCGCAGCUACCUACUCUGCCUACCUACUCUACAUAAAAGCCCCGUCAGGUCCCAAGUGAACAACGGAAGCUGCACCGCAUACAACCACCACACAACCACAUAACACACGCACAACACACUCACAACACACGCAUAACACGCGCACACCCCACCCCCGCAUUCAGCCUCCCUCCCAUCCAUCUCCCGUCCAACGUCCAACCUCACCUUAACACCUUAACACCUCAACACCGCCGAGCCUCCUUCCCCAUCUCCAUCCCACCGAACCAAACACACAACCGAACUCAACCCAAGCCAUGGGACAGAACCAUUCGCUGAUGGACAGCAUCGUGUCGGGAAGCAACUUCGACCAUGAGGAAGUAGACCGUCUCCGCAAAAGAUUCAUGAAGCUGGACAAGGAUAACUCCGGUACGAUCGAGCGCGAAGAGUUCCUGAGCCUGCCGCAAGUCUCAUCGAACCCACUGGCGACACGAAUGAUCGCCAUCUUCGACGAAGACGGCGGCGGCGACGUCGACUUCAAAGAGUUUGUGUCGGGCCUGAGCGCGUUCAGCAGCAAGGGCGGCAAGCAGGAGAAGCUCCGCUUCGCCUUCAAGGUGUACGACAUCGAUAGGGACGGCUACAUCAGUAACGGCGAGCUCUUCAUCGUCCUCAAGAUGAUGGUCGGAAGCAACCUCAAAGAUCAGCAGCUGCAACAGAUAGUCGACAAGACGAUGAUGGAAGCCGACGAGGACCUGGACGGCAAGAUCAGCUUCGAGGAGUUCUGCAAGAUGGUCGAGCACACUGACGUCUCGAUGAGCAUGAUGACGCUGGACUCGUUCUGAGCAGCAGCAGCUUCCUCCCCCGGUCUACGAUCCCCGGUCUUCCCACUAGAGGGAGGGGAGGGGAUACCCCGCCAUAAACAUUCCUCUUGCUUGCUUGCUUGGUUGACUGGUUGGGCUGUACUGUUUGUUCUGCGUGUCGUGAUUACUUCCGUCCUUCCAGCUUCCAGCCUGCCUACCUUCGUACAGUAAAAUCUAU